UCAGCGCAGCACAUGUUUGGAUGUAUAAUAUAGUAUAUAUAUAAAAUCCUCCUGUUAAGUGGUUGAGUGAAGAGAAAUCAUGUUCAGCGACACGGCAAAGCAAAUGCGCCCUGGUUUCAGACCGAACCCAUCACGGGUGAUAAGUCAGUCUGGAUCUGGGGCACUUCAUAUAAACCAAAGCUUUGCAAACAGAAGGACUAAUGUCUCAAUGAGCCGAAGGCGAUUGUCUUCAAGAAGAGACAGUAAAGUUCUCGAUAAAGUCUCUCAAGCUCACAGAAACAUGGUGUUUGAUGAAGCAGGGAACGACGUCACCCCUCGGCCGAUGUACCAGCAGGAACCCGGGACCAUACAACUCAAACAAAGCAAAAUAUUCAUGGCACACGACACAUCGGAAGUGGCCAUGGCUGAUUUUAUGUCUGCAAUGCAGCAUGCAAUGAGCCCGGCCUCAGCAGGACCUUUUACCAUGUCUGUUUUUGGGAGUAGUUUAAUUUCAGGAGCAAGCCCAUCUACCAUGCAAUCGGAAAAUUAUGAAAUGAAGGCGAUUGCUGCAAAACAAGAAACCUUGAGUAGACUCUCAGAACUAAAGACCCAGAGAGAGGAGCAGAAAGAGGAGGUAGAUCUGGACAAACCAGUGGAUAUUUACCUCAAUGACACCGAAGUUAUGUGCUUCCUGGACAUUCCUGCCAUGUCCAUAUCUGUUGACUCAGAAGAAGCUGAAGCAGUCAAGAAGAGAAACAUGGCAUAUACCGAUAUUUGUAAGAACAGACAGGCCAGUGAUAAAUAUGUGGAUCGAGCAAUGCAGACUAUUAAUUCAGACGCAAAAUCUAAAGAAGUCCAAAGUGAUCGCAUCAUCAUGGUGGAAAAAGAGUCUAUGGCCAACAAUUGGGACACCUAUGAUAUGUUUGUAAGCAUCAGUAAGGCAGAAGAAUUAGCUGAAAAUACAGGUGAAGAGAAACCCAGUAUACCAGAUAUCUCUUCCACUCAUCACCUAGAGUCAAACACUGGUCUCCACAGAUCCACGUCCAUAAUCAGUGCCACCAGUACAGUCACUAGUACCAGUAGUUCUCAAAGAGACAGUGAGGCUUCUACAGUUGAGAUGGUGGAUGAGUCUGACUCAAAGCAGAUCCUAAACUCAGAGACUUUCCAGCAGUCACUGCAGGUGAUGGAGAAGAUGGUUCUUCUGAACACCUACCAACACAAACUAGCAGCAUACAAAGGGCUACCCAUACUACCUGACCCAGACUGUGUGCCACACACAGAUGUAGAAGACAGUGUAGAUGUUCAGGAAGAUGAUUCACAAGGCCCAGCUCUGGAGCUCCUCUGGUCUUUCAGCUGUGAGCUAACCAAAGGCCACAGUGUCAGCAGCAUGGCCUGGAACAAGACAAAUCCAGACAUUCUGGCAGUGGGAUACGGGCAGUUUGAUUUCAAGGAUCAGAAAUCUGGAUUGGUGUGCAUCUGGUCUCUGAAGAAUCCCACUUGGCCUGAGCGGAUUUUAAAAUGUAAAACCAGUGUUACAUCUCUGGACUUCUCCGCCUCAAGCCCCAGUCAGUUAGCAGUGGGCCUUUAUGAUGGAACUAUCGCUAUCUACAGUGUGCAGAGCACUAAGGAAACACUGGUCUGUGACAGCAGGGACUUUGCCCAUAAACACACAGCUCCAGUAUGGCAGGUGAAGUGGGUUGAUCGCAUACGGGGUUCUUCAGGAGAAGAUAAAAAAGAGACGCUGUUCUCUGUGUCUGCUGAUGGGAGGAUCAGUGAAUGGUUCUUUCACCAAGGCCUUGAAUGCACUGAUAUGAUGAAGCUGAAGAGGAUAAGGAAUGAAAAAACAGAACAACAGUGGAAACAGGAACAUUUGCUCUUUUACUUGGUGGUUGGACUUUGCUUCGAUUUUCAUCACGAGGAUUCCAACAUGUAUUUGGUGGGAACAGAAACGGGACAUAUUCAUAAAUGCUCAUGUUCAUACACUGAGCAGUUCUUGGAAACCUACACAAACCAUUUGGGUCCUGUCUAUAAGGUUAAAUGGUCACCAUUUUGUCCAGAUGUUUUUCUGAGCUGUUCUGCAGACUGGACCAUUCAGCUUUGGAGUCACGAACAAUUUACUCCAGUGCUGAGCUUCACUUCCAUUAAAAAAGCUGUGUAUGAUAUCAUGUGGUCCCCUCGUUGGGCUACUGUGUUUGGGGUGGUCAACUUGGACAGAGUGGAAAUCUGGGACCUGGGAGCUAGCAUUCUGAAUCCUACUUUAGUAAGUGAGACCAUUCCAGGGGUGAAACCAACAUCGUUGAUAUUUCCCAUGAAUACAGACUGUCUUCUAGUAGGGGACAGUGAGGGCCAUGUCAGUGUCUACAAGCUGAAGAACUUCACAGCAGGAGAAGGAACACAGGUGGACACACUGAAGAACAUAGUUAGCUCCACACUGGCCACUGGUAAGCAAGGGUGAGGCCAUGUAGAUCUGUAACUGUGUGGCUUGAGGUGAAUCGGCUUGUUGGACUGACCUGCUCUAACAAUAUUGUAGAGGUCUGAAAAAUGUAAUUAAAUUAAAAAGAACCCCUCUGUUUUAUCUUGUGUUUUUAUUAUAAUGUUAAAAUAAAAUGUAAUUUGUUCAAUGUCACGCUCAUUAUGUGCAAGUGUAGGAAUGUAAUUUUUAUAUAGUUGUUUUAUUUUAUUCUUCUGUUUAGUAAACUAUACAUGCAUAUAUAUACAUGUUAUACAUCUUUAGGAGACAAAUUAAGUAACAGCAUAAAUUACAUAAUGUAAAAACUAAUUGCUGGAUGAAGGUUUGCAAGCUCCAAAUGCUCCUUUGUAUGAAACUAAAAGACAAGGUAUCACCUUGUCUCCAUCUCCUGCUGUGUUGGUGACCAUUUGCUCAUGAUUAAACCAAUAAGCUUUGAGAAUGCCAAAGCUGUGUGAACCUUUUGGCAUUUCUAUGAUAAAGAAGUGGUCUGAGAGGGAGCUUGUUAUCUGAACCAAGACAGCACUUCAGUUGCAUGUUUUGUUUUUACUUAUCACCUGAGUGCCUUGUUCUCCUUCGGAGACACUGUCCCCCAAAAUGUGUAAAAUUCACAAUGCUUAGUUUUUUUAAAAUUUGGACUUGAUGUCUGCAGCGCUGAAGCGUGAAUCUCUGACAUGCUGAAAGAUAUCCAAGUUUCCUGGUCUGCACUGGAAAAAAGAUUACAACACAAGAAAUGGGUUCAUUUAGUGGAACUACUUUUAUUGUCUCCUUUAAGAAAACUGAGACACCAGUAAAAUGUUUUAAAGUUGAAAACUUUAAAAUACUGACUGAAAUGUGUUUGAAGGUGUUGUGAAGUAGGAUGGUGUAUGUAUUUGCUAGUUCAGAGAAAAUGUAAUUAAGUUAAUAUUAAAAAUGUGAGCAAUGAGUCCAGCAUGGAAAAAAAUAUGAAUCCUUUACAGUUAUUGUAAUGCUAAGUGUUUCUGAUAUUGACAAAAGCAUAUUAUUUGAAAACCUUAUCAAGUGCAUACUUUCGAUAUUCUUUUAAUGUAACAAUAAACAAUAACUCUAAAGAAACUGAGAAAACAGAUGUAAUCGAAUGUCCAAAAAAUUCAGAAUAUGUAUUGUAUCGAGUUAAACAGUGGUGGGCCAUGCAUCUGGUACCCGGGCCUUCAGUGGAGACUUACCCGAC